CUUGCUGCAUACACCUAGAUGAAGCGGCCGCCUAUGGAUCCCGCUCUCCUCCAGGAUACAAACAAAAGGGAAGCCGUCCGACUCCGCCUGUCGUUCCCAGACGCAAACACCCACCAUCGCCUCGGUCCCCUCGCUCCUCUUCGUCGCACGUGAGCGCGCUUCCAUCUUUAGCGGGAGCGGUAGAGGGAUCGGUGUUUGGCGACUGCUCUUCGGCUCAAGGUGGGGGGGGGGGGAAGAAGAGCGCCAGAUGGCCGUUUGAAGACAGGCUCAGUCAGGCUGCUGCUGCUCGAUGGCCGACGGUGACUGCUUGCCGCAAGAUACAGGACUGCUGUUCAUCAUGUGAUCCGACUCCCACGCCAUCGUUUCCUUCGCUCUACCUUAAAGAGGAGGAUCAUGAACCGCCGCCUAAGCAGCUCCACCCGUUCCCACACCGAAGACUCCAUCUUCCUGAGGCCCGAUGAGGACCCCGUUUGGUUGGAUGAGCCCACAAAGAUCGGAAAAAUAACCGAAGGAGCCUCUAAGAAAGAUGAGCUGCUACGACGCAAAGGGGGUCAAAGUUCGCAAGGAGAAGAAGUGUUUUUGCACAAAGUGUACAUGCUGGUGAUAGAGUUCCACUACUGGGCUGCCCUUCUUGUCAUCUCCCAAGUCACGGGGUACUGGAUGUUCUUUGUGGUGGAAGGAAAUGGGCCAUUUGCCUCCAUCUAUAAAGCUCUGCAGGUCAUCGACUUCUAUCUGGGUUUUGUUUUACCUUUCCACCCCAUAUUUGGAAUGGACUCCAUGGCGCUGAUGAAGGAUGCGAUCAACACCACGCAGCGAGCUUGGAUCAUCUACGUCACUGCAGGCCUUGGCGUGACCAUCUGUGUUCUUAUGGUCAUCCACAUGGUGAAUAAGUGGCGUUAUGGCGCUGGCUUGUGGUCGUCGGACACCGUGAUGAGCGACAUCGGAGAUAGACGUCAGAGUGUGAGCCGCCAGCCCUCCUUCACCCUGUCAGAGUGGACGGACGCCCAGGAGGACCUGAUGGACUUGGACCCCGUGCCUCAGACUCCAGUCUUCGAAAUGGGAAGUGACAACAAGCCGGAAGGAGACGCCAUCACGCUGACUGUAACUCCAGUGGGUCUGCAGGAGAGGAGGGGCUCAAAUGUUUCCCUGACCUUGGACAUGUGUACGCCGGGCUGCACGGAGCCUUAUGGCUAUGGAGCCCAGCUAUCCCCCAGAGAUCAGUCAGCCCAGGACUACCUCCGGCAGGGAACGCACGUCCUAACCCCCGCCAUGCUGCACACACGGGCCAUGGAUGACCAGAGCCUGCAGGCUGAGUUUUAUGAAACCCCAAUGAACUUCGUGGACCCGAAGGAGUACAACUACCCAGGGCUCGUAAGAAAGAACCGUUACAAAACCAUCUUACCCAACACACACAGCAGAGUAAUCCUAAAGUCCCAGGAUGAAGACGACUUCCUCACAACGUACAUCAACGCCAAUUAUCUCAAAGGUUAUGGGGGUGAAGAGCGUGCAUACAUCGCUACCCAGGGUCCAACGGUGAACACAGUAGGGGACUUCUGGAGGAUGGUGUGGCAAGAGAGGACCCCGAUUGUUGUAAUGAUUACUAACUUGGAAGAGAAAAAUGAAAAGUGUGCCGAGUACUGGCCUGAGGACACCGCGACCCACGAGGGGAUCGAAAUCACCGUUGUGACGGUAACACAGGAGGACGACUACAGUCUGAGGGUUUUUACUUUGAAGAGUGGAAAUGAGGACCGGAGUUUGCGACAGUAUUGGUACACCUCAUGGCCGGACCAGAAGACUCCAGACAAAGCUCCACCUCUUUUGGAACUGGUACAGGAAGUAGAAAGAGCCAGAGAGGAGGCACCGCCCACCAGUGGCCCUGUAAUUGUACACUGCAGCGCUGGAAUUGGUCGGACUGGCUGUUUCAUUGCCACCUCCAUUCUGUGCAAGCAGUUAAGGAUGGAGGGUGCGGUUGACAUACUGGGGACAACCUGCCAACUACGUCUGGACAGGGGUGGGAUGAUCCAGACGUGCGAGCAGUACCAGUUUGUGCAUCACGUCCUCAGCCUGUACGAGAAGCAGCUGUCUCACGCCUCUGAAGAGUAGUCCGUGCAGGUCGGCCACGCCCCACACCGAGACACACCACUGUACGCUGUACCGCCUCUGGUGGUACGCGCCCACUGUACCCAGCACCAUUUCAGUGUCACCCUUUAAACACGGUCGACGCCACAUCUUUACUUUUGACGACUCCGCCCCGUGAAGGGAACUGUGAACGUAUUGUUAUUCACACGGGCCUCAAAAUAAAGUCAGCAUGUAAACUGAUAUCACUGAUAGACACGGUCUAAUAACGCACUCAACAAUCCUACGCCCCUCUAAAAAUAUUUUAUAUAUGCACGUUUCUCUCAUUUUUAGCUGCACAUGACUUGUACCCAAUGGUUCGAUUACAUUUACACUGGGAGUUUUCAAAGUUGGAGACUUUUAACUGGAUUGAAUGAUAAUACAUUAAAAAAAUUGCAGUGUAAAAUAGGCAUUUUUAAAGGCCUACUGAAAUGAGAUGUUCUUAUUCAAAAGGGGAUAGCAGGUCCAUUCCACCUGAUCAUUUCUUGAUAUUGCCAUAUUUUGGCUGAAAGGAUUUAGUAAAGAACGUCGCAACUUUUGGUCGCUAAUAAAAAAGCCUUGCCUUUACCGGAAGUCGCAGACGAUGACGUCACAAGGGUGAGGGCUCCUCAUGUCCUCACAUUGUUUAUAACGGGAGCCUCCAGCAGCAAGAGCUAUUCUGACCGAGAAAACGACAAUUUCCCCAUUAAUUUGAGCGAGGAUGAAAGAUUUGUGGAUGAGGAUAUUGAUAGCGAAGGACUAGGAAAAAAAAAAAAGGCGAUUGCAUUGGGACGGAUUCAGAUGUUUUUAGACACAUUUACUAGGAUCAUUCUGGGAAAUUCCCUUAUCUUUCUAUUGUGUUGCUAGUGUUUUAGUGAGAGGAGGCUGGAGAGGAGGCUUCGCCGGAUAGUCGAACCUCGGAUUCAGGAGGAACAGUGUGGUUUUCGUCCUGGUCGUGGAACUGUGGACCAGCUCUAUACUCUCGGCAGGGUUCUUGAGGGUGCAUGGGAGUUUGCCCAACCAGUCUACAUGUGCUUUGUGGACUUGGAGAAGGCAUUCGACCGUGUCCCUCGGGAAGUCCUGUGGGGAGUGCUCAGAGAGUAUGGGGUAUCGGACUGUGUUAUUGUGGCGGUCCGCUCCCUGUACGAUCAGUGUCAGAGCUUGGUCCGCAUUGCUGGCAGUAAGUCGGACACGUUUCCAGUGAGGGUUGGACUCCGCCAAGGCUGUCCUUUGUCACCGAUUCUGUUCAUAACUUUUAUGGACAUAAUUUCUAGGCGCAGUCAAGGCGUUGAGGGGUUCCGGUUUGGUGGCCGCGGGAUUAGGUCUCUGCUUUUUGCAGAUGAUGUAGUCCUGAUGGCUUCAUCUAGCCGGGAUCUUAAGCUCUCACUGGAUCGGUUUGCAGCCGAGUGUGAAGCGACCGGAAUGAGAAUCAGCACCUCCAAGUCCGAGUCCAUGGUUCUCGCCCGGAAAAGGGUGGAGUGCCAUCUCCGGGUUGGGGAGGAGACCCUGCCCCAAGUGGAGGAGUUCAAAUACCUAGGAGUCUUGUUCACGAGUGAGGGAAGAGUGGAUCGUGAGAUCGACAGGCGGAUCGGUGCGGCGUCUUCAGUAAUGCGGACGUUGUACCGAUCCGUUUUGGUGAAGAAGGAGCUGAGCCGGAAGGCAAAGCUCUCAAUUUACCGGUCGAUCUACGUUCCCAUCCUCACCUAUGGUCAUGAGCUUUGGGUCAUGACCGAAAGGAUAAGAUCACGGGUACAAGCGGCCGAAAUGAGUUUCCUCCGCGGUGUGGCGGGGCUCUGACUUAGAGAUAGGGUGAGAAGCUCUGCCAUCAGGGAGGAGCUCAACGUAAAGCCGCUGCCCCUCCACAUUGAGAGGAGCCAGAUGAGGUGGUUCAGGCAUCUGGUCAGGAUGCCACCCGAACGCCUCCCGAGGGAUGUGUUUAGGGCACGUCCAACCGGUAGGAGGCCACGGGGAAGACCCAGGAAACGUUGGGAAGACUAUGUCUCCCGGCUGGCCUGGGAACGCCUCGGAAUCCCCCGGGAAGAGCUAGACGAAGUGGCUGGAGAUAGGGAAGUCUGGGCUUCCCUGCUUAGGCUGCUGCCCCCGCGACCCGACCUCGGAUAAGCGGAAGAUGAUGGAUGGAUGGUGUUUUAGUGAGAUUAAAUAGUACCUGAUAGUCGGAGGGCUGUGUCCACGGGUGUCUUGACGCCAGUCUCUUAACUAUAGUCGACGGCAGAUACAAGGACGACGCAAGCUCAGUUGAUCUCGGGUAAGAGGCGGCUUUUUACCACAAUUUUCUCACCGAAACCUGCCGGUUGACAAGUGGUCGGGAUCCAUGUUCGCUUGACCGCUCUGAUCCAUAGUAAAGCUUCACCUUCGGGAAUUUUAAACAAGGAAUCACCGUGUGUUUGUGUGGAUAAAGGCUAAAGCUUCCCAACUCCAUCUUUCUACAUUGAAUUCUCCAUUAUUAAUUGAACAAAUUGCAAAAGAUUCAGCAACACAGAUGUGGAGAAUACUGUUUAAUUGCGCGAUGAAAAGAGACGACUUUUAGCCGCAAAUGGUGCUGCGCUGAUAUGUCCUCUGCAGUCCGUGACGUCGUCAUUCUGCGACGUUUUCAACAAGAAACUCAGUGGGAAAUUUAAAAUUGUAAUUUAGUAAACUAAACCGGUCGUGUUGGCAUGUGUUGCAAUGUUAAUAUUUCAUCAUUGAUGCAUAAACUAUCAGACUGCGUGGUCGGUAGUAGUGGGUUUCAGUAGGCCUUUAACAUUUAACAGAGAUAAAACAAAAUAUUUGCUAAAUGAGAGGUUAUAAUUUAUUAUAAAGGUGAAUUCCUUGCACCGUGCUUUACAGCACACAGUAUUCUUUUUUAUUAUUCAAUGAACAAGUACGGUGGCUGAUAGGGACAAAGGUUCAGCAACAUUAAAUUAACACAUAAACCUUUAAACACAUGCAAAACGGAGAAAGCACAACUCAUUAAAUCAAUAAUAUUGUUAAAAAAAAGUACCAUUUCAAAGUGAGCUUAUUAUGAUAACUGUGUCCAGUUGUUACAUCUUCUUUUGUCAUCACAUUUCUGAGUCUUAUUUUGAAGGAUGACAUUAAGUUGCGAUUACAGUUGCAAGUCCAAGACGUUAGAUGGCAGUAGCGUAUUGUUUACGGUGUGUUGGCUAGGCAGUUCACUCUCUGCUGAAUAUGGUCUUUUAUUGCGCCCUAAAAGGUGUUUGUACUGUAAGUAUUGUCCCUACAGUAUUACGCACCUGAUGUUCGAUUCUAACAUGCAUCUUAGUUGUAGUUUUCAUCAACAAGUUUGGAGGUGUUGAAGUCGCAAUGUAAAAUCACGAAUGUUAAUCAGUAGCAUGCCAAAAGCAAAGCAACGUAAAAUAGCAUCGAGCUAGCUCACUUAGCCGGCUUUUUUCUUGGAAUCCUUUUUAGACCUGAUGACGCUGUAGGGUAUGGUAUACACAUAUACAUAAAUACUAGAGAUGUCCGAUAAUAUGGAACUGCCAAAAUUAUCAGCCGAUAUAUGCUUUAAAAUAUAAUAUCAGAAAUUAUCGGUAUCUGUUUCACAAAGUAAAAUGUAUGGCUUUUUAAAAACGCCGCUGUGUGUAAGGACUGUAGAGCGCCAAUAAACCUUAAAGGCACUGCCUUUGCUUGCCGGCCCAAUUACAUAAGAUCUACGGCUUUUCACACACACAAACGAAUGGAAAGCAUACUUGGUCAACCGCCGUUCAGGUCACACAGAUGGUGGCCGUAUAAACAACUUUAACAUUGUUACAAAUAUGCGCCGCACUGUGAACCCACACCAAACAAGAAUGGCAAACACAUUUCGGUAGAAAAUUCGCACCGUAACACAACAGAACAAAUACCCAGAACCCCUUGCAGCACUAACUCUUCCGGGACGCUCCGUACCCACCUCCACCUCAACCUCCUCAUGCUCUCUCAGGGAGAGCAUGUCCCAAAUUCCAAACUGCUGUUUUGAGGCAUGUUAAAAACAAAAAAUGCACUUUGUGACUUCAAUAAUAAACACGGCAGUGCCAUGUUGGCAUUUUUUUCCAUAACUUGAGUUGAUUUAUUUUGGAAAACCUUGUUACAUUGUUUAAUGUAUCCAGCGGAGCAUCACAACAAAAUUAGGCAUAAUAAUGUGUUAUUCCACAACUGUAUACAUCGGUAUCGGUAAUUAAGACUCGGACAAUAUCGGAAUGUCGGAUAUCGGCAAAGAAGCCAUUAUCGGACAUCUCUAAUAAAUGCGUAGAUGGUACCUUCAGGCUUGUCAGGCACGUCAACACGGCCGCCGUCUUGAGAAGAGGUUCGGUCAGACCGACCAGACAGUUGUGCAUCUGACUGGUCCCAAACGUUUUAUUCUUGAUAGACCUCUGUCAGUUAACUAAUGCAUUAAAUAGACACAUGGACGCGCCAUUUACAUAUUUAAAUCUUCCUAGUCUUGUCGGCCACCGUAAACAAGAACCUGAAUAAACGACAAAUUAAUUCAUAACGAUGAUCAUUUCCAAAAUUCAUUCCCAUGGUAAGUUUCCAACAUUGAAUUUCUCUUAGAGAUUAAGAAAGUAUGAAUUUACAUGUUCCUACACUUUGAGGCCUCCUGACUCUUAUGGCUCUGAUUCGAACCCCGGAGCUUGAAAAUUGCAGGUGGACUUUGUACCCUGUUCUGUCUGGGCUAUAGAACCCUAACAGAUUGAAGCUUCAUUUUCUCCAAGUUUUUAUUAGGAACCUCCUGAGACCCAGCAGUGAAUGUUUGUCUUCUGUAAGGAACAAGCAUUUCAUAGCUUUAUUUCAAACAAUCCUCAGUUGGUCAGUUGUUGUGUUUUAAAGGGUAAAAAUUGAAAGGUCUAUUGACAGGGUUAGGAGGCUUUGUUGACAUAGUCAUUUUUUAAAAAAAACUUUAAAAUGUGGACAUGACAACUUCCAGUACAAUCGCUACAGUUUUUAAAUAUAAUAUGAUGAGGCUGGUUAAUGCCGGGCAGUUCUUGCAGCAUCAUUGGUAAUAAACAUAAAUGUCAGUCCUAAUUUUUUUUUCUUCAGAAACUACUAGUAUUUUCCUUUCCCGUGUACAUACAGUAGUUUCCCGUGAAAUUCCAGGAUCUUUACUUUCAUAGUAUAGAAAAAAAACAAACACUAUCUGGCGGUAUCCAUACUUCAGCCACAGCAAUCUGUGAAGACAAUGAUCGAGUAAAUUGGCAGUGAGUGUAAAACUUAGAAGAUUUCACUUUAAAAAACAAAACAACAACCUCAGUUUCGGUCGUCAUAAUUUACAGUGGAAGUGUUUUUCCAUUCACAGUAAUUUUGUGUAAAAACAAUGAGAUUUUAUGAUUUUAAAAAAUACAACAGUAGGCAGAAUUUCCGUAAAAAUAACAGUGGUAAAAAUAACGACCACGAAUUUAACUAUAAAAAACUGGAAGCUCAGUAACCAUAAUUAUAAAGUAUAAAUGACUGCGUUUAACCGUAAAAAAAAAGAAAUAAAACCCACCGUCAAUUUUUACGGUUAAACUCUGGCGACUGAGUUGCCAGUUUUUGUACUUCAGAAUGUUUUUACAAACAGUGUUGCUCUUCAAAAUUUCACCAAAAACAUUCCCUGUUUUUGAAUGCAAAUGUUGACGAUGAUGAUGAUCGGACUGAAAAAGUGAGGCCAUAAAAAGUAAUAAAUCCUCCAAAAGUCCAAAUGACAGGUUUCAAAUGGUGUCUCCAUAUCCAAUGUUGGUACCGUUAUAAAAAAUGUAAUGUAAAAAAUAUAAGAUGGAUAAUAAUCCAGUUGUCAACAGAUAUUGUCAAUUUCUCACAUACCCACAAUUUGUGCCAUUCAAGAUAACUCAAGAUAAUUAUUUAUUACAACAACUCUUCUUUUAAUUUUCUGGGUCUCAAGAGGUUAAUUUACAACAACGACCACAACCUAAUACAGCAUGUUUAACCACAUUCAAUUCACAUUGUGAUUUUUAACCACUCCCUCACUAUUUCUAUUUUCAAAAGGUCUGUUCUUAUACGUGAUGCGUUCAGGAGCCCCUCCAUCUUCAGGUUGCAUGGUGCUAAGUGUUCCUUAAAGGCAUGUGCAAUGUUACGGAACAUAGGAAUGUAAAGCAGUUAGGUUAUUAUUUACAAGUAAAAACUAUAUAAGUUCUAUACCAUGCUGCCUGUGCAGUUGUCAUGGCUCAUGAUGUUUACAAUCAACUCCUUCCUGUGUUAAGGUCACGUGGACCAGCAAAGGCUUCACAGAGCCAGCAAGAUGUGAAUAUCGGAGCUUUACUUCAAAAUAAUUGAUCUCAUGUUCUCAUGAUCUUGUA